GGAGAAAAAAUAAGAAAAAAAAUCGACUUCGACGCUGUAAUAAGUACCGUGAGGCGGCGAGGAAGCCAAGCCAGUCGUGCAACAGCCGCCGUACAGACACCACCACCAUGCGCGCCUCUCUCGUCCUCCUCGCUGGCGUCGUCCUCCUCGCUCUCCUGUGCGGGACCGAGGCUCACAAGUGCGAGGAUUGCAGCACCGUCUCCUGCCCGGGCACAGCCGACUGCAUCCACGGCACCCAGCGCGAACACUGCGGCUGCUGCGACGUCUGCUUGAGGGCUGCCGGCGAGAAAUGUGACGGUCACGAGCACAUGGACGGCAUUUGCAUAAACCCACUGAAAUGCAAGAAAAACGUUUGUACUUAGAAAUUCUACGCUGUUGAUCCUUGUGUACACUGAAAAGAAUG